CCCUGCAUCAUCUCCCAUCAACGCUCUUGCCCGAUCUGCACGAGGCGUCCAUAGCUCAUCGCGAAAGGAACGCGCUGGCCGGCCUCGCAAGUCGCAACGCAAGCACGGCGUGGCCUCAAGCGUGCGCGCUCAAGCUGGCGUGGCUGGAGCGCGACCGAAAGCAAGCCAAGGCCGAAUUCAGCCGCGAAACACACAGCCACACAGGCAGAGCCCCCGUUCGGCCGUUUCUCGUGCAAGCAACCGCAAGCUCCCCCGAUUUGUUUAUCAGCUGGAGUGCCUGUUCCUUGCAAGCCAAGUGCCGACCGGGAAAUGCCUGACACGCUCGGCGAGCUCGCGUCCAGGCCACAUGGAUUUCCUCUUCCGCGGCCUUUAAAUCCCCGCACACAUUCCAUCGGCGGCAGCAUUUGCCAUUGAUCCAUCUUGUUUACUACAUGCUCCAGUACCGGUCUCCGAUUCGGCGAAGACGAUCAAGGUGGUGGCGAGGGGUCGGCGGCGAUGGCGACGGCGACGGCGGCGCGGCACGACGACGUGGAGUCGCAGCAUGAGGAGCACGACGAUGCCAGCAGCCACGAGCAGCAAGCGCAGCGGCCUCUGCUGGAGAAGCGCUCGUUGGCGGACGACGGCGGCGGCAUGAGCCCGAUCCAGCGGGCCAUCAGCCAGACGUACCAGAGCACGGCGCACCUGGCCACACUGCUUCCCACGGGCACCGUGCUGGCGUUCCAGCUGCUGUCCCCGAUCGUCACGGACCAGGGCCACUGCGUCCGCGCCAACCGUGCCAUGGCGGGUGCGCUCCUGGCGCUCUGCGCGCUCUCCUGCUUCGUGCUCAGCUUCACGGACAGCUUCCGGGACGCCACCGGCGCCGUCCGGUACGGGUUCGCCACGCUCCGCGGGCUCUGGGUCAUCGACGGCGGCGCGCCGCUGGAGGACCCGCGGGCCGCGGCCGCGUACAGGGUCCGGUUCCUCGACUGGGUGCACGCGGUGGUGUCCGUGAUGAUCUUCGCCGCCGUCGCGCUGUUCGACCAGAACGUGGUGUCGUGCUUCUACCCGGUGCCGUCGGAGGACGCCAGGCAGGUGCUUACCGUGCUGCCCAUCGCCAUCGGGGUGGUCGGGAGCAUGCUGUUCGUCACCUUCCCGACCACCCGCCACGGCAUCGGUUUCCCGCUCUCCAAGCACUGAUUUGUAUUCAUUCCCAUUUCCGUUUCCAAUUCCAAUUCUUGUAAAUAAAUAUUGCACCAACAGAUUAUGAACACCGUCAAGGGGAGAUGAGUAGGUACAACUAGGAAACACACGACCCUUGCUUGUUUUCGUGUACGCUUAAUGCUACAACUUGAUGAACUUGAAACUUCUAAGCCUCAAA